UGGGAUGGAGAAGGUGUGGUGACCUCGCAAGUGUUUCGCGUGCCGCGCAGCUCUGAUUGGAUACUGUGACUCCCCUCUCCCCUCCCACACCCCCCACCGGAGGAUUGUCGAAAGUCUGCGUACGGGAGUGCACGCACGCGCGCGCGCACGCGCGGAGGAGCCGGCAGACUGGAGCGAGGCGAGGAGGCAUCUUCUAAGUCCAACUCCAAUGAGCUCGCAGCCAGACGCUGUCAUCCACGCACGCACCCUCUGCUCCACGCUCCUUCAGCCGUGUGACACGAGGAGCAGCAGACAGAGGCAGGAGCGGGGAAAUAGCCAGAGAGAGGGGGACACAGGCAGAGGGAGACUGGCGGAGUGUGAGGGACAACCAUGGCUUCAGAUGCGGGGCUGGCUGUGAUGCUGCUGUGGACUAUAUCACUCCAGGCUGUGGGCGCCGCGGGGACCAGCAGCAACCAAGUGAAUCUUCUUGACACGACAACGAUAACCGGAGACUGGGGCUGGCUGACCUAUCCAUCCCAUGGGUGGGAUGCCAUUAACGAGAUGGACGAGUAUUUUACCCCGAUUCACACAUAUCAGGUCUGCAACGUGAUGAGUCCGAGUCAGAACAACUGGCUAAGGUCUGGCUGGAUCCCUCGAGAAGGAGCCAGGAGGAUCUACAUCGAGGUCAAGUUCACCCUGAGAGACUGUAACAGCAUGCCCGGAGUUCUGGGUACUUGCAAGGAAACCUUCAACCUGUUCUACUAUGAGUCUGACCGAGCUGUGGGCUCAGCCAUACGGGAGAAUCAGUUCAUUAAGAUCGACACCAUUGCUGCAGAUGAGAGCUUCACAGGGGUGGACUUGGGAGUCCGCAGACUUAAGCUCAACACUGAGGUGAGAGGCGUGGGCCCUUUGAACAGACGAGGCUUCUACUUGGCCUUCCAGGACAUCGGUGCCUGCAUCGCUCUCACCUCGGUGCGGGUGUACUACAAGCACUGCGUGGGGGUUAGCCGCAACUUGGCAGUGUUCACGGACGUGGUGACAGGGGCUGACUCAUCCUCACUGGUGGAGGUCAGAGGUCAGUGUGUUGACCAUGCCGAGGAGAGGGAUACCCCUAAGAUGUACUGCAGCGCAGAGGGCGAGUGGCUGGUGCCCAUUGGGAGGUGUGUGUGCUCCGCUGGCUUUGAAGAGCACAGAGAAUCAUGCGUAGCCUGUGAGGUAGGUUUCUAUAAGCCGGUGGCAGGUGAUGGCCCGUGUGGUAAAUGUCCCCAACACAGCCACUCAGAGACCAGAGCCGCCGUCUCCUGCCCCUGUGACUCAGACCACUACAGGGCGGCCGAUGACCCGUCAGCAGCUCCAUGCUCUCGCCCUCCAUCUGCUCCAGUAAACGUCAUCUCCUCAGUCAACGGAACAUCUGUGGUUUUAGAGUGGGAUCGCCCUCUGGACACAGGGGGACGCAGCGACCUGCAGUACAGCAUAUUGUGCCAGAAGUGUUCAGGGGAAGGCCCCUGUGAGGAUUGCACAGCUUCUCCUGGAGGCAGCAGUGGGGGGAAGGCUGGUGGAGGGGCCAGCAUUGGGUUGGGGGGAGGGGGCAUUGUGGAGCGUUCAGGCAAUGCUGCUGUUAGAUUCAUUCCUCGGCAGAAUGGUUUGACCGAGUCUCGGGUAACAGUCCUCAACCUGGUGGCCCACACCAACUACUCCUUCCGGAUCCUGGCCACGAAUGCUGUGACACACCUGAGCAAUGAGGCAUCACCGUAUGCCAUGGUUAACAUCACAACAAACCAGGCAGCCCCCUCAGAAGUGUUAUCUAUCCGCCAGGAGAACACCAGUCAGAACAGUGUGACUCUGAUGUGGCAUGAACCGGACCAGCCCAAUGGAGUCAUCCUUGAGUAUGACAUCAAAUACUAUGAGAAGGACAAUGAAGAGCAGAGUUACUCCACUCUAAAAACUAAAAACACCAGUGCUCUUGUGUCAGGGCUGAAGCCAGGCACAAAGUACAUCUUCCAGGUUCGGGCCAGAACAUCAGCAGGUUGUGGACGUUUCAGCCAGAACAUCGAGAUCCAGACUGGAAAAGCAGCUCCUCUGCGUUACAACACAAUGACCAUCAUCUGGAUCUCCAUGGCCCUGGUGUCCGGUCUGGUCACUUUCUUGGCCAUCAUCAUCUGCAGGAAACGGCAAGGCUACACUUUACCACACUACCCGUCGCUGCUACACUGUGGCUACAGCAAAGCGUUCCAGGACUCUGAUGAGGAGAAGAUGCAUUACCAGAAUGGUCAUGUGUCAUUCCCCGAUGCGAGGUUCUAUAUCGACCCACACACAUACGAAGACCCCUGCCAGGCAGUCCACGAGUUUGCCCGUGAAAUUGAAGCUUCCAGGAUCAAAAUCGAGAAAAUCAUUGGUUCAGGAGAGUUUGGAGAGGUAUGUUACGGACGUAUGAGGCUUCCUGGGAAACGAGACAUCCCAGUGGCACUGAAGACACUGAAGGCAGGAUACACAGAGAAACAGAAGAGGGACUUCCUGGCUGAAGCCUCCAUCAUGGCUCAGUUUGAUCAUCCAAACAUUAUCCGACUGGAAGGGGUGGUAACUCACAGCAAACCGGUGAUGAUUAUCACAGAGUACAUGGAGAAUGGUUCUCUGGACUCCUUCCUGAGGAGGCACGAUGGCCAGUUCACCGUCAUCCAGCUGGUGGGGUUGCUGCGUGGCAUUGCAGCAGGUAUGACCUACCUGUCUGACCUGGGAUACAUCCACCGAGACCUGGCUGCCCGCAACAUCCUGGUCAACAGCAACCUGGUGUGUAAGGUAUCUGACUUUGGCCUGUCCAGAGUCCUGGAGGAUGACCCUGACGCUGCAUACACCACCAGUGUGAGUUUUCACAUUGAGGGUGGAAAAAUCCCGAUCCGCUGGACGGCUCCAGAGGCGAUUGCGUACAGAAAGUUCUCCUCCUCCAGUGAUGUGUGGAGUUAUGGCGUGGUCAUGUGGGAAGUAAUGUCCUAUGGAGAGCGGCCAUACUGGAACCUGACGAACAGAGACGUUAUUAAGUCUGUGGAGGAGGGCUACAGACUGCCUGCUCCUAUGGGCUGCCCUGCUGCUCUGCACACGCUAAUGCUGGACUGUUGGCAGAAGGAUCGCAAUGAGAGGCCGCGCUUCUGCCAGAUAGUUACUGUUCUUGACAAGCUAAUCCGUAACCCAGAUAACCUGAAGUCCAUGGACACGCUCUGCAGUUUAAACAGUCCUCCGUUAAUGGAGAGAACCGUCCCUGACUUCAGCAGCUGUAACUCAGUAGACGAGUGGCUGGACACCAUAAAGAUGGGACGUUACAAGGAACACUUUGCAGCUGGGGGCUUUCACACUUUGGGGCACGUCGUCGGCAUGAAGCAAGGGGACAUCCAGAGGCUCGGCGUUACACUGAUGGGUCAUCAGAAGAAGAUCAUGACCAGUGUCCAACUAAUGAGGGCGCAAGUCCUCAACAAGAGUGUUCCGUCGGUCCACGUAUAACUCCAAAGCUGAGGUUUCUAACUGCAUUAGAGACCAAGCCUUUUGUAAGAUCAAGAAAUACUCCUUAAGAAACAAAAACAGAUAAAUGGGAGAAGAAGAUAACUAGGAACUUUACAACAUUUUUACUUGAGAAUUUAAGAACAAAAUGUAAAAGGAUCGCUUAUGGAACAAGGAAACGUUUCAUCUUUGGGACCUACUUUUCGUUUUUUUCUUCCUACUGAAUUAAAUUUUAUCUCUUGUUUAAAAUUGAAAAGACUGCCUUAAUUAUGACAUGAUAUUUUAAGUUUGUUGUCUACAAUGAAGAAAUUAUUUAUCGUGAAUAUAUCAUGAUUUAUAGUCCCAGGGACGAGUCCAUGGUGAUGUAGCAGGGGGCGUAUUUUUAAAUAUUCUGAUGACACUGUAGAAAGGCAGCAAUAACUUUAAAACAAUAUGCUUCUAAAUGACACAAGCAAGGAAACAUGGGUGGAACAUGAGAUAAGGCUAACUUGUGCUGCCGGAUCAUCUCCAGCUGUGGAAAAGACCGACUUCAGCCCAGUCCUGUCCACUCUGCUUCUGCCGUACUGGAGUGACCCCUGGAGAUCCUGAGCCUCUGGCCAGUCUGCAGCUGCAUGGCGCACAACUACUCUACUUGGAAGAUGUGUAUAACCCAAUUAUAGUGCACUUUAUUUUACAAUCUUUCUGUCUUUAAAAGCCUUUGCAGUUGAGACAGAUUUCCACAAAUGAAUGCACAAUGACAACUAAAGAAUUUGGAGAUCCAUCAUAUCUUUAUUUACCAGACAAAAAUAAGCAAAUCUAGAAGUUAAAGUCUGAAACACUCGGUCAGUUGGGAGAUGCUUGUUCAUUGUUGUGUAACAUGGAAUGCACAGAGAAAUCUGUGGCCGUCUUGCUGAAUAGAGGAUUUCAAGUCUACCUCAUAUGCUUAGUAGGAGACAGAUCUGGACUGCAGGCAGGCCAGUCAAGCACAACUUGCUUAUCUGUAAUUUUGCGACGGAAAUAACCAUGAAAUUCCUGAGAAAAGGCAUUGUCUUGAUUUUAGUAUGUUUUCAAAUAUCCAGUAUCAAUAUCUGUAUCAUUCUGGUUUUCAUAAAUCCCCGUUAUUCAAUGUUGUGCCAUCCCAUAAUAAUUGAGAUUUGGAUUUGGACUUUUCACGCCUUUUUAAACGCCUUUUUAAACAUGCUGUGUCUGAUUCAGAUGCAAAGAGAAAUAGUGUGAACAAUCCUUUACAUCGAGCAUCAAGAAUUCAUGCUGAACAUUAGCAUUUCAGCUCCUGGAUUUUUAUUCUAAUAAACACAUACGCAGUAGCAACAUCACACAAUGACUGUCAUCUGAGUGACAAAAAAGACAUAACCAAGUAUUCUGAUGCUUUAACAUUACAUAUAUAGUGAAUACGCAAUAUAUCCAAAAGUAUUCACACACUAAUACACAGGAAAGAAAUUCAAGAUUUCCAACCCUUUUCCUGACCACACAUGUACAAAGUCAAGCUGCUAUGCAUGCAGAAUGCAUGCUUUUUGCCCAGAGGUGGAGAACGUUCUCCAGAGCUAGUGGUUUCGGACCUUCAAAUUCCAUGUUACUUUCAGAUUAGAUCAAAAAGAGUGCAUAGAGAGCUUGAUGUAAUUAAAAAGGCCAAGCAGCACCGGCUGCAGUGGUGUAAAGCACACCACCCAUGGACUAAAACAGACUCUCUCCAUCUGGCAAAUCAAUCACCUUGGCAGUUGUCUGAAAAACAGCACUUCUGUUUUUUUUUUUACUGUAUCGAGGGAAAUGUGGUUAAGAGAACAUUUUAUGGUGUGGGGCUAUUUUCCAGGGUUCGGCCGGGCUGAGCUGGGCCCUGAUGUUCCAGUGAAAGGAACUCUUCAUACUUUAACAUACCAUGAGAUUUUUAAUGGUUUUCAGGGAGUGCUGACCUCAACCUAACAGAACACCUUUGCAAAAUGAGCCCAGAGACUUAAAGCCAGACCUUCUCAUUUAACAUCCAUGCCUGACCUCACUAAUGUACUUCUGGAAAAAUGAUUACGACUCCGUAAACACAUAUGACACGAUUAUAGCAGCAAAAGGUGGGCUGGUGGCAUAUUAAAAACUAUGAAUAUAGAAAGGGAUGGUCACUCUAACUGAUAUGUGUGUGUUGAUAGAUGAGUAGCUACUUUUGGCAGUAUAGGUUAUUGGGUUCACAGUGGUCCUGUUUCUUAAAUUUGGAGGCCAAAAGCAAGCAACAAAGCAAUCUGAGGCAAACAAACGGCGCUAUUCUCUGUGUUUCAACAAUGUCCUCUGACAGUUCAGCUUCUGUGGCCGCACUAAUCUAUGUUACUGUUGACAUAUUUCAAGUGGUAGGAAUACUGAUUAAUAAUUUAAGUCUUACAAUAUAUAUUAUAUUAUAUUAUAUUUGUAAUCGGUACAGACAGGAGAUGAUACAUGGUUAUCACUGUGUAGAUUGUUGUAGAGCUUUCAACGCAUAAAUAACUAAAGCGUAAUUUUACUUUAUAAUUAGAUUAAAACAAAAACUGAGAAAACUUUGGAAGUAAAUACAACAGAACUGUAGGAUUAAGCCUAGUGUAAAAUGUGUUGUGAAAGCUCCUAUUAUGGAAAAUGGAAUGCAGUUCUACUGUUGUUUUUUAUGUUUGACCUCUGGAGGAUGCUCCUUUCAUAUCGCAACAUGACAUUCUCACUUUUCAUCAACAUGUUUUGAUCGUAGACUUUUCUCAAUGGUUACUUCUCUAUUUUAUAAGAAAUAAUUUCUAUGCCUCUCUUCCAAUUGUCUUUGGAGUGUAAUAGUUCAAAAAAAGAAAAUUAUACUUACUCUAGAUUUUCUAGAUUAAGUAUAAUUUUUGUUUUAUUGUAAAUACAAUUGAAUGUGUUUUCUUUAUAGUUUUGUCUGGCAAAUAAAGGCUAAAAUAAGUCAAUUACAGAUUAGGUUUUGUUCAAUUUUGAAAAACCUUUGAAAACAAGGUCUGUAUAUAAAUUCUUAUAUUUUAUAUUCAAUAUACAAACAUACAUUACAAUGUGUUUAAAAAGCACAUUGUUUGACAAUGUUCACCAUUUUUAUGGAAUACAUUUUUGAAGUGAUGCAUUUUUUAUUAGAACAACAUAUUCCAUUGUGGAAUAAAUUAAAUGUAAGAAUAUUUUAAUGAAAUAUGUUUUCCUUCACUAGAGAACAAUAGUUGUAUAGUGCAGAAAAUGUUGACGGGGCAGCAUGGUGGCACAGCUGGUAGCACCAUUGCCUUACAGCAAGAAUGUCCUGAGUUUGAGUCCUCUGUGGCUUUUGGCUGGAGUUUGCAUGUUCUCCACUGUGUGUGCAUGGGUUCCCUCUGGGUAAUUAAGUUUUUUUUUUUUCCUAAUGUCCAAAAAUAUGCAUGUAAUUGGUCUUUCUAAAAUGCCUUUUGAGUGAAUGUGUGUGUGUGGGUAAUUGUGACAUAUUGAUGAUUUGUCUAAGAUGUUAAAUCCUUCCCACCCACUGUGCUGUAAAAUACAUCUUUGUUCCCUUA